AUGGAAUUGGAUUUUAAAAUUGAAUUUCGUUUCAUUGAAAAGUUGUUCCAAAUUAUGUGUAAGAAAAAUCUCUCACCUGUUUUGAGGAAAAAAGAAAUAUUUCAAAGAGAUUUAAAACUCAAUUUACCAAACACUCAUUCAUCUCACGAAAUAAAUCUCAUGAUGACCACUUUUUAUCAAAUUAUAGGAGUUGUCAUAGUUGUUGGUUGUGAUUCGUUCUUCAUCGUGUUGACGUUCCAUUGCGUUGCGAAAAUGGAUGUCUGCUGUUCUGAAGCAUCGAAAAUUGACGGAAGAACUGAUAAAAAGUUCAUUUCGAAUUUAGUUGAAAAACAUUUUCGCGUUCUUGAAAUCAUUAGAAUUUCUGAAGAAGUUUUGAAUCCAAUUUAUUUUCAUCAACUUGUUUCAACUUUUGGAGUAUUAGUUUGCACUGGAUUCAACAUCAAAGCAAAAGCUGAUUACCUUUCUUCGAUACUUCUAAUUUUGUCACUAUUUCAAUUUUAUUUUUAUUGUUUUCUCGGAAAUUAUGUGUCAUCAAUGUGCGAGAAGUUCCAGUCAUCCAUUUAUUGUUCAAAAUGGUACGAAAUUAAAGACAUCUCAACAAAAAAGAAAAUUCUCUUCAUGAUGAUGAUGGCACAGCGCAGAAAGGGAUUUUCAAUCCUCCGAAUCAAACCAUUGAAUUUGGAAACAUAUGCAGAUGUUAUGAAACAAGCUUACACGUUUUUGAACAUCUUGUUGGGAGUUUUGUAA